AUGGGUAGUGGGGGAAUUACCCAAGGUAGAGACUCACUCACCUUCAAGAGAAGAAUUACUCGACUCUCAAAUGGAGGCUCUAUGCACUCUCAAAAGUUUCAUUUUUCAGCAACGCAAAACUCCUCUCCUAUUCCAAUACAAGAAAUUGACUUGCACAACAACAAUCAGUACCUCCGAGCAAAGAUAGCUGAGAAUGAGAGAGCCCAGCAGCAGAUGAACUUGAUGCCAGGGAGUUCUGACUAUGAGCUCCUUCCACCUCAGCCAUUUGAGGCUCGAAACUACCUCCAAGUUAAUGGGCUUCAAUCCGAUGAUCAUUAUUCCCGCCAAGACCAAACAGCCCUUCAGCUGGUCUGACUUGUGUUCAGAGCCAGCAAAUUCUCCUGUUCUUAGUUGCUGUGGAGAAGAUAUCCAGUCAAUUACCAGGAGAAAGUAUAGCUCUUUAAUGAAAUUUGAGAAGUGGAGGCUUGGUACUGUAUCACAACGUUGUUGCCUCAUGGAUUGGCAUAAGACUCCAAAAAUUGUUACUAGAGAAUUUCUAUGUUUUUUGUUUCUUG